CGCCGCAUUAAUGUAUCGAUGUACAUCUGUGUUUUUUUGAGGCUUCUCCACAUAGCUUCGUUGGCAUAUUAAACUACAAACUCACAAAAGAUUAUAACAGGACCUGAUAACAAACAGCAUUAGGUUAUAAGCGUAUUCCAGGGACAAUUUCUAAUCGCUCUGUGAUCGUUCGCGUUUUUGGGACUAGUUGUACAAGUGGUACUAGUAAGUGUCUAAAAUAAUUGCUGCAGUUGUGCCCUUUUCCUUUAAAUUUGUCUAGGUAUUCGUAUUGAUGUCACUACAAAACUGAUACUGGUGUCUAUCGUAGAACCUCGAAUGGUGCAGUUAUAGGAUUAUGGUCAGCACUGGCACCGUAAUACUUUUGAUCUAUUCUACGUGUGCGUAUAGAUAUUUCUUAUAGAACUAUUAGUUGUUAAGAUUUUUCUUUGUUUUUGCGUAAGCCCGUUCACAUCCAGUGGAUUCGCGUAAAUUUACAUGUGCAUGUUUUUUUCUGCAUGGUUAUAUGUGAGAGGGGUUUUCUUUUCUCAUUCGCCAAUAUGCGCACAAUUUUCAAGUUUUAGGUUCUCUUUGUACUCACAAGCGUUACAUCUGGCCACAUAUCGGCGCAGCAAACUGUAUCGAGCUCCAACUAUGGCGCUUCAAAUAAUUACUACCAAAGCCAAUCCAGGACUUCGUCCAACUGGGGAGCUUACCCAUUAUCGUCUGCCGGAGCUAGUUCGUACAAGCAACGUCAGGGAUACGCCGCGACCAGCAAAAGUUACACCGGUACCUGCACAUACUGCAAGGCUAACCCUUGUUAUGCCAGUUCCUUACCUUACCACUGUACACUGGAGCAGUGCUACGAUGCCAUGAACGCGGAGAACGAGUUCACCAUAUACACGCCGUAUACCAUUACGAUCCCAUCAUGUUUUCUCACCCACAAAGGAUUUAAAUUAUUUUCCUACAAUUUGUGCGUUAAGGAUCCCGCCAUGGUACGACCGGAGGUGGAGACAACCAAAAAGGUCAUAUGCACGAUAGAACAAGACUGCUUUAUUGUGAGUCCUGACAGCACCGACGAUACUGAUGGAUUUGUGUACGUAUCGCAAACGGACAACGCUUGUGAUUCCCUGACAUCAAACCUUCCACGCACGCUAUACUGCGAAAUCAAAGCAUACGACGCCAGCAGUGGACUGACGAGUAUCCUGGGAUUCAGUAAUCCAUUUACAGUUACUAUAACGGAGGACUCUUGCUCGGGUAGCUAGUAACUACUACGUUAUAACGGACCGGCGCUACCGGACCGCAGCAACUUCCUCGGUAGUAUUUUACGCGCUGUAAUUAAUUAUUAAGACGUGGCUGAAAAAUAAAAAGUGAUCUAAUUUAUUUUACUAUAUUAACUACUGUAUAUUGCAGUGUAAGCACUAUCAAGCUUCUAUGUGAAAACAAAAAUCCGAAAUUAGCUAACUGAAAUAAGAUUUGAUGAUGAUGAAUCACCAAAUAAAUA